AUGGACAAGUCUCUCGACGACAUCAUCGCCGCCCGCCCCCGUGGCAUUCGUCGUGGUUCCGCUCGUAGGAACUCUGGCAAGGCUGAGGUUUUGGGGAAGCCGGUCUCUGCGCCCGCGACGCGUGCUCGCGCCAACCCGGCCUCCAACGGGACGAAGACCGUCACUGCUUCCACCACGCCACAGCAGUCCGCGGACAAGAUCAUUGUCUCCAACUUGCCUCCUGAUGUGAACGAAAUGCAGGUCAAGGACCUCUUCCAUACCACCGUUGGUCCUCUCAAGGAAGUUACCCUUCACUUCGACGCCCAAGGGCGCUCUAAGGGUGUUGCGGCUGUUCACUUCCAACGACGGGGUGACGGCAACAAGGCGUUCCAGCAGUACAACAACCGGUUGAUUGACGGAAAGCGCCCGAUGAAGAUCGAAAUCGUCGUCGACCCCUCAAAGCCUGCCCCCGCGACGCUGGCGUCUCGUGUGGCUCCAGCCCCUGCCGCCGCCACCGAGUCGGCACCCAGAACUGGUGGCCGCCCUCGCCGUGGCAGGGGUGGUGGUCGUGGCGGCCGCAAGGUCAACGAACGCCCUUCGAAGACGGUCGCUGACCUCGAUGCCGAGAUGGAGGACUACACGUCCACCAACGCUCCCGCGGCUGCUGCUUGA